ACCUUCGCUUUGCGCACAACCAAAGAGCAGUGAGCGCAAAGCCGCAAAGGGAGGCUGAAGCAGGGGCAGGGGAACCUCAGCCAUAGGGGCACACAAUUGCCUUGGUGGGUAUAUGGGUGGGGCCGAGGUUAGUGCCCAGGUGCUGCAACUGGGGCCCACGCGGGUACAGCAGGCCUGGAAGUGAAGACCCCGGACUUCGGCCAGCCAGAACCCGAUUUAAAAAUGGGUGAUGUUGAGAAGGGCAAGAAGAUUUUUGUUCAGAAGUGUGCCCAGUGCCAAACUGUGGAAACGGGAGGCAAGCACAACACUGGGCAAAAUCUCCAUGGUUUAUUUUGGCGAAAGACAGGUCAAGCCCCUGGAUUUUCUUACAUGGAUGCCAACAAGAACAAAGGCAUCACCUGGGGAGAGGAGACACUGAUGGAGUAUUUGGAAAAUCCCAAGAAGUACAUCCCUGGAACAAAAAUGAUCUUCACUGGCAUUAAGAAGGCAGGGGAAAGAGCAGACUUGAUAGCUUAUCUCAAAAAAGCUACUAAGGAGUAAUAGUUGGCCACUGCCUUAUUUAUUACAAAACAAAAAAUGUCUCAGGACUUUUUUUUGUCUUUAUCAAACUUCUAGUGAAGCAGCUGGUAUCCAAAUCUCUUUGAAGCGAUUCAGAAGCCAUAAGGCCAACUCCCUGAUUGGCAGGAGUGUUAACAUCCAACCACGGGAACCAGUGGAACUUACUGUUUUGGAAAAAUGUUUUGAAAGGGAAAGGUGCAG